UUCAGUUUCGAGAAUUUGAAGCAGCAACAGUAACAGUUACUGUACGAACAGAACCCUGCCCUUGGCUUGAAGUAGUUGAAGCCUGCCUUCCGCUAGCUAUCUCAUCUGUCUACUAGGCUUCAGUUAGUUCGACUUACAGCCUAGCCAUGGCAGCUGAGGGCGACUGGUGUCUGAUUGAGAGCGACCCGUCGGUGUUCACCGAAUUGAUCCGGGGAUUUGGUGUGAAAGGUCUUCAAGUCGAGGAACUCUACUCACUUGAUGAUGAGCUACUGGCAGCGCUACGGACCGUCGGCCCGGCCAACACUGUGCUGGACUCGUUCCCCAGGCUGCCGGUGCAUGGACUGAUCUUCCUGUUCCGCUGGCACAAGGAGGAGAAGACUGCCGGGACGGUCGUCACUGACGAUCGUGCACAAAACAUGUUCUUUGCUAAACAGGUAAUAACAAAUGCGUGCGCCACUCAAGCUCUUCUCUCCGUGUUGCUGAACACUGCACACAAGGAUGUUGAUCUUGGCCAGUCGCUCACCGAGUUCAAGGCGAACACGGCCACUUUUGAUCCAGCGAUGAAAGGCUUGAGCUUGUCCAACAUGGAGUUUAUUCGUUCUGUUCAUAACAGCUUCUCACGGCAAACACUGGUUGAGUUUGACCCGGCUAUGAAGCAGAAAGACGAAGAGCCGUUUCACUUUGUAGCGUACCUUCCCAUCGACGGUCGGAUAUACGAGCUGGAUGGUUUGAAGGACGGCCCCAUAGACCUAGGCAAAGUUGUCAAUGACGAUUGGCUGCAGGACCUGCGACCAGUCAUCCAGACAAGAAUGCAAGCGUUCAUGGGCAGCGAGAUCCGGUUCAACCUGAUGGCCAUCACAUCCAGCCGCACGCAGUACAUCUCAGCGCGAAUGGAGGAGCUAGGGGCUGUUGAGGGCAGUCUUGCUGACGGUCCGGAGAAAGAUCAACUAUUCGAGGAGCUGCAGGAGUGCAGUCUCUCACUGGAGGAAGAAGACAGAAAAAUGGCACGACACAAGGCUGAAUGCGCUCGUCACAAGCAUAACUAUGUGCCGCUGAUCAUGCAGAUGCUCAAGCUACUGGCGCAGAAAGGAGAGCUAGUACCGAUGGUGGAGGAGUCGAAGGAACGACGGAAGCGCAAGGCAGAAGAACAGAAAUCUGCGUAGUCACGAUCUAUUGUAUGUAGAUAUAACGGAACUCAUCUCCUCAGUUUUUCAGCUGCUGCCAGUAGGCGAACGGGCAUUUGAGGUUGUGUCUGUGUAUGUGUGUGUGUGUGUCUGUCGAGCGUGUGAGCGCGCAUGUGUGCGUGUGCGCGCGUGUCUGUCUGUGUGUGCAUGCGCGCUCACUCGCUUCUCCGUCCGUCUUCAUGUACUGGCUGAGGCACAGCAGCGGCAGCAGCAGCAGAACGACCAUCACGAGUAGCAGCAGUAUUUUUUGUUUUUGUUUUGUAUUUGUUUUUAUUUUACAUUGCAAGCAAGUGCUACUGUGAUGUGUGUAGUGUUGCUUGCUCCACAAACCGGAACCACAGCACAGCCAUCACCACUCCGACAUUCUACAUGUACAUUCUACCAAUGCCUGCUGCCGUAGUUAUGAUGCCCAUAUGUAGAAUGCGAGCAGCCAACUCAACGAACAGAUAGUCAUGAGGGCGAUGCACUCUACAACAGUGAACAAUUAAACUUCUCACAGCUCACCGAAUGAGAAUAUCUUCACAGCUCACUCCUGAACACAGUGUACACUGAACACUGAUCAAUUUAUUCUUUGCACGUGCUCUCUCAUGUUUUGCUGGGAAUGAAGUUUUCUUCUUCUUCUUUCUCUGCUGGCCUACAGUAAAGUUGUAGUUGUACAAAUAUGUAUUGUGUCAUGUCCAAGGCAUGUGCGUACAUGAAGAUACCGCGCGGUCUUCGCCAGUGCUUCUCACGACCAGGACACCCACUGAACAACAUCCCUCCUUCCAACUGCUGUGAAUACUCUCUCUCUCUCUCUCUCUCUCUCUCUCUCUCUCUCUCUCUCUCUCUCUCUCUCUCCUCCUCCCUCCCUCCCUCCCUCCCUCCCUCCCUCCCUCCCUCCCUCCCUCCCUCUCUCUCUCUCUCUCUCUCUCUCUCUCUCUCUCUCUCUCUCCCUCCCUCUCUCUCUCUCUCUCUCUCUCUCUCUCUCUCUCUCUCUCUCUCUCUGUCUCUGCUUGCCAAGCUCUUGUUCCGACAUGUAAUGCCUGGAUUUUAGAUUUUCAAUUCCCCCGUUUGACACGUUCUUCCUGGCUUUUGUAGUUUCUUUCUGUUAGUUGUGCAUGCAUGCUGCCAUAACUGUUAGGGAUUUUCUUUCUGCUUCUACAUGUACAUGUAUGUUAGUUCUUGUCAGAGUGAGUGGGUACCCAUUGCGUGUUCUUGUUCAGAUGCUCUGCUUAGUAAUGGCCUCCCGACGUUCACCCAGGA